AGCCUCCGACACGCCCCCGGUUAAAGUUGAACCUUUCAACGUGGACGACUUCUUCCAUUUCUUCAAAUCUAAUAAGAUGUCUUUCAUUGAGAUCACCCUGGAUAAUCACUUCCCAAUCCAAAACUUACCGUACGGAGUGUUUUCAACUUCGGAAAAUGCGUGCAAGCGAAUCGGGGUUGCCAUCGGUGAUUACGUUUUGGACCUUAGCAUUGUUGCAGACCUUUUUGAUGGCCCUGCACUCAGCAAACAGAGAAAUGUCUUUAAAGAGCCUAGCCUAAAUGCAUUUAUGGGGCUUGGUCCUGCCGCAUGGAAGGAAGCUAGAGCCACCCUACAGAAGAUCCUUUCCAAAGAGGAGGCUGUUCUUAGAGACAAUGCAGACUUGAGAUCCAGAUGCCUUAUUCCUCAAAAUAAGGUGACAAUGCAUCUACCUGCAAAUAUUGGGGACUACACUGAUUUUUACUCAUCUGAAUAUCAUGCCACAAAUGUUGGCACUAUGUUUAGGGGAAAGGACAAUGCUCUUAUGCCAAACUGGAAACACCUCCCAGUAGGCUACCAUGGGCGUGCAUCAUCAGUCAUUGUCUCAGGAACACCAGUGCGCCGUCCUAUCGGGCAAACUCGUGCUGAUGAAACCAAGCCACCUGCAUUCGGUCCCUGCAAGUUACUGGACAUGGAAAUGGAGAUGGCAUUCUUUGUUGGACCUGGAAACAAUCUAGGGGAGCCUAUUCCAAUUGAUAAGGCGCAGGACCACAUCUUUGGAAUGGUGCUAAUGAACGACUGGAGUGCUCGUGAUAUCCAGAAAUGGGAGUAUGUCCCUCUUGGCCCAUUUCUGGCUAAGAACUUUGCUACCAGCAUAUCACCCUGGGUGGUAACCAUGGAAGCACUUCAGCCUUUUGUCACAGCCAACCCCGUCCAGAUUCCAGAGCCUUUGCCAUACCUUCAGCAUUCCGACCCAUAUACAUUUGACAUCAAAUUGCAGGUCGCUUUGAACUGCCCUGGAAUAAACAAUCCAGCUGUUAUCUGCAAUACAAACUUCAAGUACAUGUACUGGACACAGAAGCAGCAGUUAGCCCACCACACCAUCACCGGGUGUAACGUUCGGCCAGGUGACCUCAUGGGGUCUGGCACCAUUAGUGGGGAGACACCCGACUCCUAUGGCUCUCUUCUCGAACUCUGCUGGAAAGGCACAAAGCCGCUCGAUCUCGGUAAUGGCGUAACGCGGAAGUUCCUCCAAGACGGCGACGAGGUGGUCAUGACUGGGUUUGCCCAGGGUGACGGCUUCAGGGUGGGGUUUGGCGAGUGUAGGGCGGCCGUCCUUCCCGCAGUCAGCCUCUAGUUUAUAGAGACGGCAUUAUACUGAUGUGAGCUAGGAUUCGUUUGUAUUUGUAGGCAGAAAGGUAGCCCGUAUGUGCCCACACCGACCCCGACGUACGAGGUGUGCUUGUGUGGUGAUGGCUACUCUCAUCAACGAUACAGAAAAUAGUCAGAAGCCCUCGGAAUUACAUUAAAUGUAAUUAUUCUCAGCGUGUGUUGCGACGUUGCAGGGAAAAUAAUUUGCUGAGUAGAAAGGGUUGAAGUGGUACAAAAAUAAAUGCCCUAUUUAGUCUG